AUGGUGUCGCAGGCAUCUCCGUCCUCCUGGUCGCCGGGAGAGACCAAGCGAGGGAGGUGUGUCGAAGACAGUUCCGGACCAGACUUCGAGGAUGACAAGUUGCCCGUCUGGAAGGUCAUUGCCCAGCGGCUCGAGGUGGAAGCCUCUGAGCGAACGGCGGCCAUCUCGAGACUGUCUGCUUACAUCGACGGCGCGAUCGAGGGCCUCACGGCCAAGAUUGAAGCCGUGACUCAGGCUUCCGUGCGGAAGGCUGUCGGCGAGGAGGCGCCCCUGGCACCCACCGGCCUGGAAGAGCUCAAGCGCAGCAUUGCGAGGCUCUCUGAGGGCCAUGGCCACCAGGAAGAGCGGCUCCGGAGCCUGGCGCACAAGGUGGACGAGGUCUCCGGCACGCAGACAAUCCUUGACAGGGACCAGAAGGCCACCUUCAGGGAAUUGUCGAACAGCAUCAGCGACUUGAACAUCAAGCUCGGCAGCCGCGCCUCUCGCAUGGAGGAAAGCCUCAAGGUCCUUCAGGAGGACCUUGCGUCCAUUCAGAAUGAGAGAAAAGUUUUGGUCAACGGUGCGCUCGGGGCCCUGGACAUUUGGCGCGGUGGAUCAAUCCCUCGGAACGUGGCGCGCCAGCGCUCCAUGGCGUCGGAUCGCUUCGAGCAGCUGGUUGCAGAGCUCUGCAAACAGCACGCCGCGGAGCUCCGUGAGUUGCGCGAGGCCAACGCACAGCUCCAAAAGACCAAGGAAGGUGAGGAGGAGGAAGGUCACGUGCUAUCUCCUGAGUGGGCCCUUGACUGUCGCGUAGAGGCGUCGGAGUCUGUGACACUUCCUCCCCAGCAAGAAGUACAAGUGCAGAUACAUGCUGUACGCUGCUUGCCUACUGCAGGCAACAAGGGCAGGUGCAAGCUGGUGGUCCGGGGAGAGAAAGAGACGCCUUGGGCGGAACUUAGCAAGGAGGAGGGAAUUCCUGGGGCGCUCCAGGAAGAGACCUGGGAUGCCGUAUGGGACCGAGAUGCGGGAGCACUGAGUUGUACUAUUCCCGCGGAUCGAGAACCGCUGGUGCCCAUUGAGCUUUUUUUGGAGGGCCAAACCUCUGCGGCCGCCAGCUGCCGGGUGCCCCUGGGCGAACGGAGGCACUGCAACUUCGACAACGGUGGCUUCCUCGAUGCGGAGGUCAAACUGCAGUCGGAGCUGGGCCAGGUGGAGCCUCCACCGGUCGUUGCGCCAUCAGUGGUACGAGGCCAGCCGCCACAGCAGAUGAAGCUGGGAGUUCAUUCUUCGACAGACGGCGUACCUUUGUCCAUCAGGCUGGAAGAGCUUUUCAAUGUGACCGAUGUCUCAUCAAAAGUGGUGAUGCCAGCUGACCUGUACUUAGCCAUGCAAGCUGGCCGCAAGAAGAUGUGGAAUCCGCUGAACAUGCUCUCUAUUGAUGAGCUGGAAGAGGCGCUCAAGGAGUUCCGGCGAAUCCACGGGAAGGUCUUCAGCAACGGCCGUAGGGCUUCGAUCUCCCAAGCGGUGCAGCCGGUGAUGUCCUGGACAGCUUUUCGAGAUAUGGUCUUGCUGGAGGACUUGCCCAACCUGGUCUCCAGCGCGUGUGCGUUGAACACGUUCGUCAUCCAGAAGACUCUCCUGGGUGAUGCGAUUCCUGCCUCCAACGCUGUGCAAGUGCUGCUUGCGGAAAAGCCCAAGCCGGAGAACAGACACAAAUGGUUGGUGAAUUUGGUCACUGCCCUCUCCAGCGCUGCCAUUGUCACCAGCUUUGUGCUGCUGGGGUUCUCCCUGGACCUGGCAUCAGAUUCAGUCGGGUGGGUCGUGGUUGAAGCAAUCUUUUCUACUAUAUUUGUGUCCGAGAUUGCGAUCAAAUCAUAUGUCUUUACUCCAAGGACUUUCUUCUGUGGCAAAGACCGGUGGUGGAAUGGCUUCGACUCGUUGCUCACUGCAGUGGCGGUGGGCGAGCUUUUGUUGAACCUCGUCAUCAACAACGAGUCCCAAGCGACGAAGAUCGUGCUGAUCCUGCGGGGCCUGCGCUUCGCGCGCAUCGCGCGCUUGGCCAAGCUGAUGCACAUGCCCUUGCUGCAGGAGCUGGCCAACAUCGUUUCUGGUUUUAUCAUCAGCGCCCGGUCCCUUUUUUGGGUCAUCGUCACCUUGAACGUCGUGGUCUAUGUUUGCGCCCUGGCCUUGCGGUCCAUGGUGCAGAGCUGGACCGAGCCCAACACCUUGCAAAGGUGUGGCAGUGGUGACUACAUGGACAUGGAAGGGGCCGAGGGCCCCUGCAAGCUGCAUUUGGUCUACGGUGAUGAGUACUGUGGCUCCGUGCUGCGGUGUAUGUUUUCCAUCUUCCGCUGCAUGAUCGGUGACUGCACGUCAGCAGGUGGUAGAUCUCUGACGAUGAUCUUCAGCCACGGCUUCGGCUUGAGAUUUGACCUCCUCUAUGCGCUCAGCAUGGUUGUUGUUCUCUUUGGCCUCUUCAAUAUCAUUACUGCGAUCUUUGUGGAAGCGACAUUGACCGGACUGAAGGAGAACGAGGUGCAGCGAAAGUAUGCCAAAGCUUUUGAGACAAACUACAUGACGGAGCAGUUAGCCAAGCUGGUGAUGUGUGUGUCAGUCCAGACGGAGAACCUUCGCGCCAGGAAUCGCAAGAAGGCGAAGGGCAGCUUUGCAAGCUUCGCGGACACGGGGCGAGAUGGCGAGCCUUCCAAGGGCGAGGAGAUUAAUCUGAGCGAGGAGGAGUUCAACCACGUGAUCCGUUCCAGCGAGGUCCGGCAGCUGCUGAAUGAGCUUGACGUGGUGGUGGAGCCUCGCCCGGGCAUCUUCGAGGCUUUCAACACCGACGAGUCCGGCGCCGUGUCCAUGUCGGAGCUGGUGUCUGGGCUGAUGCGGCUGAGAGGGGAUCUCAACAAGGUGGACAUUGUGAUCACGCAGAUGGCCUUGGAAGGUCUGCAGAAGCGGCAGAACAGCCUGGCGACCCGAAUCUCGGAUCUCCAUGAGGGACACAUGAAGCUUUUCCAUUUGAUGCACGGCACGUGAUCGCCGAAUCUGACCUCCAAAGGAGGGGCACGUAGGAGAGCGCGCAGCGGCUUCCCUUCAGCUGACUGGUGCCCCACGGUUGAGCCUGAUUCAGUGUGCCGCCGGACGUGGCUCCUGUGGGGCUACCAGUAAUGAGCUGAAUGACAUGAGCAGACUGAGAAAGGAUUGCAUGCACAGACUGACAUCCCUCGAUGCAGUCCCAUGCUAUGCCUCAACGCGCCCUAUGCCAAACCCGGACAAUUGACGCCCAGCCCUGCGCUUGCAUAAGAAUUUGUCCAAGUCAGAGACCGAAGGUACAGACUUGGUUCCGCAUUGCAUGCCGCCGAAUUUGUGGCACAGCCAGGAACUAGUGUCCUUUGACUCCCCAGACA